ACUAAGGAGCAGAGGGAAAGGACGGAGCGCGCGCUGGAGGCGACACCUGUCAGGCAGUUAAAACCCUCCUGGUUUAAUAAAACAGACCAAGGCGCCCUGAAGACUUCCACGGGAGUGGAAACAGAUCAGCCGCACCUGCAGCUGAAAUAUAUAUAUAUUAUUUAUUUUAUUUUUUUGCUGAGGGAGACGCCAAAAGCUCCAGGAGGAGGCAGAGUGAGGAAACAGAAGUGAGGAGAUAGCGAGCGACGCGCCUCCGCGGAGUUGGAGUGAAGUUGACGCAGAUGUAGUGCGCGCGGAGCGCACUGGUCUGGAGGAAACAGAACCGGUGCGUAAAAGCUGGACUCCAAUAGCGAGGAUAGCGGUUAUCUCCCCUCAUCAGUCGCCACGCACCAUCCCACUAGAACACGAAGUAGGGUAGGAGAUAAGGACAAGCAUCCUCUCGCCUGCACGCGGCGCAUUCAACCGGCUGGUUGAAACCGAUGACCGGGACAUAGAGCCACUAAGAAGAAGGGAAAACAACUGCUAACUUGAGAGGAUGAUAUGACGGAGAUCACCCUGAGGGAUGCAAGCAGGAGAGAGGAGGAAAAGAGAUAAAGAGUGUAGUCUGUUCCCAGUUAUCCUGCUAAACCAAACAGAGCAGGAGGAAAAGACAAAGCGGUUCAUUUCUUCCAGCCUGCAGAAGGACUUCACACACAGAUCCUGGUGCUGCUUGGAGUGGACUGCGUACAAACCACCAUCAUCCACCCUUGCUGCCUCCAAGAAUGAUUUGUACAAACUGAAAAGGAGCUGAUCAAACAUUUAACAGAGGAGAUUAGGGCUGACACCAAGAGGAGGGAGAAACUCUUGCCUUGAAUCCUACUCACAAACUCUUGCCUGAGCAAACCUCCAUUUCUUUUUUUACAAUCUGAACCUGAACAGAUACUUUUGUUGUGAGAACUGCAAAUUUGUCUUUUAAAGAAGAAGAACGAAAAAAUCAGAAAACUUUGGUGGAUUUCCUAAAUUGUGGAAAAUUUUGCACCUUUUAUUUCUCCCCCGACUGCCCAUGAAUUAAAACCACUACCUGGAUACAUUUUGCAGGGCACAGUACUAUUUUUGCAUGACCCACUGCUUGCAUGAGUAUCCAGGAUUGUUUUUCACUUCCAAGAAGGACUCUGAGCUCUCAACUAUCUUCUGACUGCCUAGCUGUGGCACUUGGGUGUGGAGGCGGGUGUUUCAGAAUUAGGCCUCUGGACACUCACUAAAGAUGACUUAAGUUGGCAGGCCUAAAAGCCCCUUACCCUAGUGAAAAAGAGAGUUUGGCAGCAGCACGCAAAUACGCACACACAACACACAAAUGUGGAUGCAAGGAGGCUUUGAGCCAUGCUGGUGUCGUUUUUUGUAGAGCCCUGGAGUACAGGCUAUCAUCAUCCUUAUCAUCAUUCACCCAAGCUAAGGAAGAUACGACGGCCUAAAGGAACGAGUCUACGCUUCUAAGCAAUUUUAAAAAGAAAAAAAAAAGGAGAAACUGUGUGAAAAACAGAUUCAAAACAGCGUUCUCAAUCACACGCACGGGCUCUCCAGUACAAAUCCCAGAUACAAGAAAGAUAAAGCUCCGGCGGACGUGAAGGGCGCAGAGACUGAGCAGUCAACAUGGCAGCUGAGAGUCUUGCUGAGCUGCGCGAUUGGCUCUUUCUGCUCCUUUUAGUUCUCACCUUAUUGGCUGAGGUGCUGGAGCUGGCGGCAGCAGCAAUUGCCAUGGAAACGGGCGAGGGAGAUGAGGGCAUUGUUUGUCCCUCAGUGUGCCGCUGCGAUGAGGGCUUUGUCUACUGCAAUGAUCGUGGCCUGAGCAUAAUUCCUCCACUACCCCUAACGGCUGCCAUCCUCUACCUACAGAGCAAUCGGCUGAGUAAUGCCGGGCUUCCCCCAUCGCUGGAGCGCAGCACGUCCAUACGAGUGAUUUACCUGUAUGCUAACCAGUUGGAUGAGUUCCCCAUACACCUUCCGCCUUCAUUAAGGGAGCUCCACUUGCAGGAUAAUAAUAUACGAACGUUACCGCGAUCAGCUCUGGCAAAGUUACCAUUACUAGAACGUUUACACCUGGAUGAUAACUCUAUAUCAACAGUUAGCAUCCAGGAACGAGCUUUUUCUGGGACUCCACGGCUUCGACUACUGUUUCUGUCUCGGAACCAUUUAUCGAGUAUCCCAGCAGGCUUACCAGCAUCACUGGAGGAGUUGCGACUGGACGACAACAGAAUAAGCACCAUCCCUACACAUGCUUUCCGUGGCCUCUCCUCUCUACGCCGACUGGUCCUGGAUGGAAACCUGUUAGCCAAUACCCGCAUCGCAGAUGACACAUUUUCUCGUCUAUCCAACCUUACUGAAUUGUCGCUCGUCAGAAAUGCUUUACAGUCUCCUCCGGUAAACCUUCCUUCAGCCCACCUUGUGCGUCUCCAUUUACAAGAUAAUGGUAUGACUCACAUACCGAGGGGGACGCUCGAUGGCAUGCGACACCUACAGAAGCUGGACCUUUCAGGAAAUAAUCUGACCACUCUCCCUCGAGGACUUUUCAGAGAUGCAGAAAGUUUGGAGAUGCUGCUGCUGCGAGGAAACCCCUGGUACUGCAGCUGCAAUCUCCACUGGCUACAUGCCUGGCUGCAUGGACGGGGUUCAGCGGUGACUGUCAGAGGUCUCACCUGUCAGGGACCUGAUUCUGUCAGGGGUCAGGCAGUCAAAGACAUUACGUCACUGAUGGAGCAGUGUGAGGCCCCCCCAGCUGGUCCAAGUAUUGGAGUGGGAGUGGACCAAUCAGACAGAGGUUUAGAAGGUGAAAACAGUGUUGGAGGGGGACAAGCAUUUCCCCCUGGAAGCACCACCACUAGUUCUUUGUUGGUCCCUACACAGGGCUCCCUCUUCACUCUUCGAGCCAAGCGGCCAGGUCUGGUUAUUCCCUUGCCUCCAGGCGAAGGGGGACAGGUUUCUGGAGAGGCCUUAGAACUGACUGUAAAACCUCUGUCUUCAGACAGUGUACUUGUUAGUUGGUUGUGUCCGCAGCCAGCACCUUCCUUCCGUCUUUCAUGGCUGAGGUUGGGUAGCAGUGCAGCUCUCGGUUCUAUAACAGAGACUUUGGUUCCUGGAGAGAGGAGGCAGUACCUCCUUACCCAGCUCACCCCACGAUCUCAUUACCUCAUCUGCCUGCUGCCACUACGACAGGACACUUCCUUUGGGGGUUCCAGCACAAGUUUACAUCGAGUUGGUAGUGUGGAUAUUGAAAGUAAAGACUCUGCACCAGCCUGUGCUCAGAUAGAGACUGGAGAGGCUCUAGUGAACUCCGGAGGAGAGGGAUCAGAAAAGAACGGACAAGACUCUGAGUUAACAGCCCUGCCGCUCGCUGGGAUUAUUGGGGGUGCCACUGCAUUAGUAAGCCUGCUCUUCAUUUUUGGCAUCUUCUGCUGGUAUGGACAGAGAGCAGGCUAUAUGUCUGGGGACUCAGGUUCAUACAGCAGGGGCCGAGGUGGAAAGCAUUAUGACGACUAUGUAGAGUCAGGUACCAAGAAAGACAAUUCCAUCUUAGAGAUCAGGGCCCCUUCUGCGGGGUUCCAGAUGACAGCUAUGGCUCAUCAGCCCUUGCAGCCCAAGCUAGAGGAUGUUACCUACAUCCACACCAUUUUCCCCUCCUCCUCCUCAUCCUCACAGGCAAAUGGGACCUACAGGAGCAGCCAAGGAGCUGGCAGUCUCAAUGGCACCAUUCUCAGCCAAAGCAGCCAUCAUCAUGUCACUUACGGCACCAACCGUGGCUACAGAGAGGGUGGCAUACCUGACAUAGAUUAUGUCUACACAUGAUGACACAGGGACACAUCCCCGUUGGCUGGUGGCGGUUUUGUCCUUGGUUUCCAAAGUACCCUCUGUGCCUCAUCUGGUUUAUUCAAAAUGGUUUGCUUAGUAGAGAUGACUUAUUUGAGUUUUGAUGAUUGGACAAUGCUGCCGGUUCACAGAACACUCCUGCUACACUACUGUGUAUCACAUAAUACAAUGGGCCCUUCUUUCCAAUCUACUAAUAGCUAUGACAUUUCCUGUUUUCUUCUUUGGAUAUCUCGUGUCUUUCAGAUAUGCUGUUCUUCUCAACUCAAUACAUCGUAACUUAUCAGAGGUUAACGUACUAGGCUUAGGUUGAUUUAGAAGGUGAUAUUUAUAUUAUGGGGAAAAAGAACUUGAUGUGUAUAGAGAUAGCAAUCAUAUCUUCCUACCAACUGUAAGCUCUGUGCUCAAUAGAUAAAAAGGAAUGACAGAAAGAAAUCAAUUGUUAUAAUCCAACAGAUGCCAAUACAUAAGAAUGAAAAUGAAACAGGUGCUCCCACCCCCAACUAUUUUUUGAACGUUUCCCUCCUUUUUAUUCCUUCAUUCUACCUUUUUUUCUGACUUGGGAUCUUUCCUUUUUAUUUCUCUAGAGUCUUUUGUGUUGCUGAGAGCAGAGGAUGACUUUGUUCUCGCCAAGGGAGCUGACAGCAGUGAUAACAGUUCUGACAGAGACGGGAGACACAACCCACAGCAUGGGGAGACUAAUGAGUGGGAGAGAAAGAGAAAGUGUGGGGGGUUGACGGAUAGAUGGGUGGAUUGAGAGAGAAAACAUAAAAGAAGACGAGUGGGAGACAGAGAGGGGUGCUGUUUUGGGCAUGUAAUCGCUGGGAGAGGUGUGUUUGCUGAAGGCAGAGAGUGAGGGCAGAGAAGAAAGACAUUCUGAGUUAAGUUAAAAGAGGGAAUGUGACCAAUGCAGUGCCAUGAGGCAAAGGAGACAAGAGGAAAAGAAGAAAACAAGGCUGAUAACUGGAAUAACGAGACAUCCUAAUCUAAAAAAAAAAAAAAACGGGGUUCUCCGAUUAUCCAAUGAACUCAAUUUU